GUUUUAGUUUGUUUUUUGGGUUUUUGUUCGUUUGUUUGGGUUUUGGUUUGUUUUGGUUUGGUGGUUUUCUUUCACACCUCCCCCCCCCCCCUCUGGAGGAGCACCGGUACCGGGACUACACCUCCCGUGAUGCAGCGCGUUCGGCUCGCCUCGUCUUCGGACGCCGGUGGCGGACGGGAGGUCUCGCGAGGGUAGGGGCGAGGUAUGGGCGGGCCCGCGCGCGGGAGAAUUUGGCGGGCUCGGGAAGAUGGCGGCGCUGCGGGUGUCUUUUGCCCGCUCGGCGCCGAGAGCUGCAGAGCGCACUCACUGGGAGAGCGAUCACCUCUGGAUCUGUUUGCUGGCCUUGGGCUUCAACCCGAAACGCUACCAUGGCGUAAGACUAGGGAGGGAUAUGUUCGAUAAACCGAACGGCAAAGCGUUUUCUGCCAUUGCCCGCUUCUUGUUUAUUAAGCUGGAUAAGCAACGUGCAAGACAAACUUUCAAAACUCAAUCUGGAUUCACAAAACUAUCAAGUCCUAGAUUUAGGAAGCACUGCUGUCUGUGGCUAAGAGAAAUUGCACAGCAGAAGGAAGUAAAUCUUCCACGAAUUACGCCUUCCACGCUGAUUUGUCCUGGUGGUGCUAAAUUUGUUCAUGUGUUAUACCGUUUUGCAAGAUAUGUAAUGAUUGAGAACAUGAAAAAGCUCUCUGUAGGCACUGGUAUACCUUUUGCUGAAGCUGUAAUGUGGAGACCUUGGGAUAUGUACCUAGCAAAAGCAAGACACAGAGUUGCAUACAAUAAACUGCUGCAAAUUCUUCAAAGGGAAGACUUUGUUUUUCAAGAAUAUAGGGGAAAAGCACGGGUUUUAAUUACAGAAAUAAGGCGGACAAAGUCUGAAUAUGCAGUUGUGCAGGAGCAGUUUUGCAGGAUGAAGCAAAAUUACCAAAACAAAAAUGACAGAACUGAUAGAAUUCAGAAGGUCCGCAGUAUGUGGACACUUAUAGUGGAAAUGCUUACAUCUCUGAAAAAGGAAAAGGAAGUUGUGGAUUCUGUACUUGAAGACUGUGUUAACCCAUGUAUUCUAGACGGAACUGAGGUUGUUUUGAGUGUUCCAGCGUUGUUGACUUUCAGAAUUGAGAGUAGCAUACAUAGAUUUUGUACAGGAAAUUUAUAUGAAGAUGGAAAUCUGAAUUUUCUAACAGUUAUUCAGUUGCUAAAUGAAGCCCUGAUGACAUUGAGAGAUGAACGUUGUCCAUGUGAAUUAAAAGAACUUCACAGAAUUGAGGAUGUGGUUACAUCCUACAAGAAUGCACUACAGGAGUUGAACACAAAAAGUCUAAGAAGAAAGCAAGACCAUUGUGAGCCAAAGCAUCAGUCUCUUCUCAGAAAACAGGAAAUCUGGGAGUCUAAGUGGAGAACAAUUCUUGGCCAGUGUCCUUUUAAUUUAAUCUUUAAAGAGGAUCUACAACCUGCUUCAUCGCUUCAAUCUUCUGGUUCUUCAGACGAAGAUGAAGGUGGUGUCUUUUAUGAGUCAUUUACAGAUAAUUAUGACUAUCAUCAUGAAGAAUGCCAUGAUGAAAGUGAUGGGUCUUUGGAAACCACCACUGAUACAACUUUGGAAACCACCACUGAUACAACAUUAGUACCCUCAAGAUGUGACUUCAUGCAGCAUGGAGGCUUGUCUGCUUCUGUGGCUACAGACAGGAGCUCAUCGGUGCUGUCGUCGUCAGAAGCAUCCGAAAAUGGAGACCUGUUAAUUAAAAAUAACUUGAAUACUUGUGUGGGAAAUAAAAAACCUGUGCCUCAAAAAAACUUGAAAAAUGGAAAGGAAGAAUUCCCUACUUCAGAAAUGGAGGAGAAUGCAGGUGAAAAUGUUACCCAAACAAAGUCUCCUGUGAAAAAAGAUGACCUUCUUGAGAAAGCCAGAGAUGAACUGGCAGAAGAGAUUGCAAAGUCAGUGAUGUCUGAGUCACCUCACAGUGGUGAAGAAAAAGGAAUGACAUUAGAUGAUCUCAUUAGCUCACUGUCUUUUAACCCGUUUUUAACGAAGAAUAAAAUAUCCCGAACUCCAGAAAAUCUGCUUACUGAAAUUAGAAGUUCGUGGAGAAAAGCUAUUCAGACUAAGGGCUCAUUAGACCCAGAGCUGUCCUCAGCUGAAGUGGUGACGGAAGAAUCUUCAAUGAAUGCUACACCCAGUAUGCAGGAGGAGGUGGACUCUGCCUUUGUGUGCUCUGAACCUGUGUCUCCUGUAUCUGACUUGGGUCCUCCUGUGUCAGGAAAGAAGCCUCAAUUGAAUUCUACAGAAUCUAGUUCUCAGGACCAAGUGAGUGUAAGUCAUACAUUUGAAUCUUCGGAUUCAAAAAUGUCUGGAAUUCAAGAAUGUGAGAGAACUGAAUCAGAGGAACCAGAUUGUUCUGCUUUGAGUCAAAGUUCUGUAGAAGAUCUAAGUCAGACUUUGCAAAAUGUAGCGAAAAGUAUGAAUGUUCCAGAUACUUGUUUGAAAAGUAGAACAAAUACACUAUCUUCAGACCACUGUCGCAGUUUUCUAAUGGAUAAGAUGCCGUGCUGGAAUGUAUCUGCAUUAAAUUCUGUCUGUCAGAAAUCUGCUGACAUAGGAAUAUUGGAUGAGACACUUCCAGAAUGUACUGGCUUGGAUCCCAGCAUAUCUGCAGACUCAGACUCCGUUUUUUUUACAAUGGACAGUGAAAAUUCAGUGGAUGGCUCAGAAAAUAAUGAGGAUAUUAAAAAAUUAGAUAUGCAGUCCCUGUCUAACUCACACGAAGUGCUAAAAAAGACUGCAUCUGAGACUGAAGAGGAGCUGCAUCAAACACAUAAUGGAGACAAAUCUCAAAGUUAUAGAGCUAAACUAAGUAUGGUAUCAAAAGGAGGAGAGGAAAAUGAAGAUGAUCCUUCCAUGGAUGAAGAAUUCACCAAGAUGCCAUUGCCAAACUCUCCUGAUGAAAGCAAACAUUUCCUGUCGUCUUUGCUGGUAUCCUGUCAACAGAUGGAUGGUACAUGAAGUCCCAUUAGACUUACUACAAAAAUUGAAGGAUGGUGUGCAGGGAUGUGAUGAGGCAGGCCACCACCCACUUGGAAUUGAGUCUGGCAAGGGAUAUCAAUGGUAAGUACAUCAGCAGGAAAAGGAAGAUUAGGGAAAGUGUGGGGCCAUUGUUGAAGCAGACAGGUGAUGGUGAUGGAAGACACAGUGAAGUGUGAUGGAAGACACAGUGACGGUGGAAUUAGUGAAUGCUUUCUUUGCCUUAGUCUUUACUGCUGAGGCUGUCCUUCAGGAAUCCCAGACCUCAGAGGUAAGGGAGGAAGGCUGAAGAAAGGAGGAUUUGCCCCUGGUCAUAGAGGGUUCAGUUAGAGGUCAGCUAGACAGACUUAAUGCCCGUAAGUCCACGGGCUCCAACAGGAUGCUCCCAUGGAUGCUGAGGUAGCUGGCAGAUACUGUUGUUAAGCCAUUCUCCAUUAUCCUUGAGAAAUGGAGAUCAGGAGGUGCCUGUUGACUGGAUGAAAGCCAACAUUAAUCCAUAUUCCAAAAGGGCAACAAGGAGGAACUGGGAAACUACUGGCCAGUCAGCCUCAACAUCGUCUCUGGAAAGGUGAUGGAAGAGAUCAUUCAGGAGAUCAUCACUAGGCAUGUAGAAGAAAUGGUCAUCAGGAAUAGUAAGGAUGGAUUCGCCAAGUAGUCAGGAUGGCCAUUGGGAGUAGACAGGUGGAAAUUGUACUUUAUCCAUAGCCUUCUCAGAUGACAUGGCAGGGUGGUUGGCUAGGGGAGAGCAGUGGGUAUUGUUUGCUAUUAAAGAAACUUCCCAGUCUGGCCAUUCAUGAGCCUCUCUGGCAGUGACAUUCCCAACAUCAGAGACUUUCACUGUUGGGAGUGAAGCCCCUUUGCAGUGGGUGGCUCCAGUGAGCUGACAGGUGCCCUGCUUGACUCCUCACACAGCCCACCCUCACAUGCAGUCAGACCAGUUUCCUUGCAGGUCCCAGGUGUCCCCUAGCAGUGUCUCAGAUGUCUCAGUCUGUAAAGCCAUGUAUUCACAGUGCAGUAACACAGAAACAGCUCGAGCUGGUGCCUCUGAGCAGGACCCCCAGCAAAGGAACCCCAGAUCUUUUACAUCUUCAGUCUCCCCGCAUGCAAGUCUUGAUCUUCCUCCUGAGUCUUCAGCUUCUGUCCCUACUCUGUGUCUGUCCACCUAGAUGGUGUCACCAAUCUUCAUCUCCUUUGUUAUCCAAAAGGUAGGCAAUUCCCAGCUCCUGAUGUGUCUGUCAGUGUCCAUUCACCUGACUGCUGUCAUCCAUAUUCAUUCUCCUUAUUAUCCUGAAGUUGGGCAGUUCUCAGGCGCCCACCCAGAGCUCAGAUUACAUCUCAGUCGCUUGGGUGUCCAUUUGCAUGGAUCAGAUGGUAUCAGCACUACCUUAAUCUCAGCAAGGGUUUUGAUACUGUCUUCCAUAACAUCCUCAUAGGUAAGCUCAGGAAAUGUGGGUUAAAGGAAUGGACAGUGAAGUGAAUCAAGUACUGACUGAAUGGCAGAGCUCAGGGAGUCAUGAUCAGUGAAGCAGAGUCCAGCAAGAGGCCUGCAGACAGUGGUAUUCUCAAAGGAUCAGUCUUAUUCAAUUUGUUGAUUGUAAUCUUAUUCAAAUUGUUUGUCAGUAAUCUGGAGGAAGGUAUCAAAUGCACCCUCAGCAGGUUUCCUGGUGACACUAAACUGGGGGCAGUGGCUGAUCCACCUGAAAGCUCUGCUGCCAUUCAAUGGGACCUUGAUCAGCUGGAGGGCUGGGCAGAGAGAAACCUGGUGAGGCUCAACAAGGGCAAGUGCCAGGUCCUGCACCUGGGGAGGAACAGCCCCAAGUGCCAGCACAGGCUGGGGCUGACCUCCUACAGAGCAGCUCUGUGGAAAAGGACCUGGGACUCCUGGUGGAUCACAAGCUGUCCUGAGCCAUCAGUGCCCCUGUGGCCAGCAGGUCGAGGGAGGUGAUCCUCCCCCUCUACUCAGCCCCAGUGAGGCCACACCUGGAGUGCUGUGUCCAGUUCUGGGCUCCUCAGCACAAGGGAGACAAGGAGCUACUGGAGAGGGUGCAGUGGAGGGCCACAAGGAUUGUCAGGGGUCUGGAGCUUCUUUCUCAUGAGGAGAGACUCUGGGAGCUGGGAUUGUUUGGUCUGGAGAGAAAAGACUGAGAGGGGAUCUCAUCAAUACAUAGAAAUAUCUCAAGGAUGGAUGUCAGAAAGAUGGUGCCAGACUCUGAUUUUCAGUGGUGCCCAAAUAAAAAGCAAGGAGCCGUGGCCACAAAGUAAAGCACAAGAGGUUCCACCGUAACUUGAGCCAGAACUUCUUUACACUGAGGGUGGCAGAACUCUGGAACAGCUGCCAGGAAAGGUUGUGGAGUCUCCCUCUGGAGACACUCAAAACCCAGCUAGACACAUUUCUGUAUCACCUGCUUUAGGUAACCCUGCCUUGGUGGUGGGGGUUGGACUGGAUGAUUGCCAGAGGUCCUUUCCAAUGCUAGCCAUGCUGCGAUUCUGUGAUUUAAUGAAGUACUUGAAAUUUAAUAUAAACUAGGUUCAAGGAGCAGUGAAAUUUAUUUCUUUGUGCAAGAAAGGUUUCAUUUAGAACUGUAGCUGUGUUGCUAGCAGCUGAUGGGAGCACUUAUCAAAUGGUACUUAGAGUACCAUUUCAUAUAUGCUUUAUUAAUACAUGUGGAACAACUUCGGUGUUUCUGUCUUAAUAGUUGCAUACU